CCAGCGCGGGGCCAAGUCGUCGUCGCCCGUUGCGCCCUCGGCCCCCUCCCGCUCGCUCCUCGGCCAUGGCCCCGGGGAUGCCGGGCCGUGGCGGCGCCGCCCUGCUCUGCCUCUCGGCGCUGCUCGCCCACGCCUCUGGCCGCUCCCACCCAGCCAGCCCCAGUCCCCCAGGGCCGCAGGCCAGCCCAGUGCUGCCGAUCAGCUACCGCCUGUCGCACACGCGGUUGGCCUUCUUCCUGCGGGAGGCACGGCCUCCGCCACCCACCGUCGCCAACGGCUCCCUGCAGCGCUCCGAGCCCUUCGUGGUGUUCCAGACCAAGGAGCUGCCUGUCCUCAACGUCUCCCUGGGACCCUUCAGCACCAGCCAGGUGGUGGCCCGGGAGCUCCUGCAGCCGUCCAGCACCCUGGACAUCCCGGAGCGCCUGACGGUCAGCUGGAAGGUGCGAGCCUUCAUCGUCCACCCCCGCGUCCCCGCCUCGCAGCCCGUGGCUCAGGUGCUGUUCUACGUGGCCGGCCGGGACUGGGAUGACUUCGGUGUCACCGAGCGGCUGCCCUGUGUCCGACUGCAUGCCUUCCGGGAUGCCCGGGAGGUCAAGAGCUCCUGCCGUCUCAGCGGGGGUCUGGCCACCUGUCUCGUGCGGGCCGAGCUGCCCCUGGCCUGGUUCGGGCCCCCGGCCCCGGCCGCACCGCCCACCGCCCGCCGCAAGUCUCUGGAUGGGCUGGAGCCCGAGGCGACGGCGGAGAGUCAGCAAGCUGAGCUCUACUACACUCUCCACGCCCCGGAUGCGUCGGGGGGCUGUGGGGGCAGCCGUCGGGGCGCCGGGCCCGGAGGGGGUGCCCGGGCCGAGAGCCCGACCCAGCACCCCCUGCUGCGCAUCGGAAGCAUCAGCCUGUUCCGCCCGCCCCCCAGGAGGACCCUGCAGGAGCACAGGCUGGACAGCAACCUGAUGAUCCGCCUGCCUGACCGGCCCCUCAAGCCGGGGGAGGUGCUCAGCAUCCUCCUCUAUCUGGCCCCCAACUCCUCCUCUCCCUCCAGCCCCAGCGUGGAGCACUUCACUCUCAGGGUGAAGGCCAAGAAGGGCGUGACCCUUCUAGGAACCAAGUCGCGGAGUGGCCAGUGGCACGUGACCUCCGAGCUGCUGACCGGGGCAAAGCAUUCCACAGCCACCGUGGAUGUGUCCUGGGCCCAGGGGACGCCGCUGCCCCCCUGGGAGGGCCAGGGGCCCCUGGAGAUCCUGCAGCUGGACUUUGAGAUGGAGAAUUUCACCAGCCAGUCGGUCAAGCGCAGGAUCAUGUGGCAUAUCGACUACCGUGGCCACGGUGCCCUGCCUGACCUGGAGCGGGCAGUCACCGAGCUCACCGUCAUCCAGCGCGAUGUGCAGGCCAUCCUGCCCCUGGCCAUGGACACAGAGAUCAUCAACACAGCCAUCCUGACUGGCCGGACGGUGGCCAUUCCUGUCAAGGUCAUCGCCAUCGAGGUAACCGGCCUUGUCCUAGAUGUCUCUGCCCUGGUGGAAUGCGAAUCUGACAAUGAGGACAUCAUCAAGGUAUCCAGCAGCUGUGACUACGUGUUUGUUAGUGGAAAGGAAUCUCGCGGUUCCAUGAACGCCAGGGUCACCUUCCGCUACGACGUCCUCAAUGCCCCCCUGGAAAUGACAGUCUGGGUGCCCAAGCUGCCCCUACACAUCGAGCUCUCGGAUGCCCGCCUCAGCCAAGUGAAGGGCUGGAGGGUACCUAUCCUUCCCGACCGGAGAUCAGCCCGGGAGAGUGAGGACGAGGACGAGGAGGAGGAGGAGCGGCGGCAGAGCGCGAGCCGCGGCUGCACCCUGCAGUACCAGCACGCCACCCUGCAGGUUUUCACCCAGUUCCACACGACAUCGUCAGAGGGCACCGACCAGGUGGUCACCAUGCUGGGCCCAGACUGGCUGGUGGAGGUCACCGACCUGGUCAGCGACUUCAUGCGGGUGGGUGACCCCCGAGUGGCACGCAUGGUAGACAGCAGCACGCUGGCCGGGCUGGAGCCGGGCACCACCCCCUUCAAGGUGGUGUCCCCCCUGACGGAGUCUGUGCUCGGGGAGACGCUGCUGACAGUGACAGAGGAGAAGGUCAGCAUCACACAGCUGCAGGCCCAGGUGGUGGCCAGCCUCGCCCUCUCCCUGCGGCCCAGCCCCGGGAGCAGCCACACCAUCCUGGCCACCACGGCUGCCCAGCAGACCCUCAGCUUCCUCAAGCAGGAAGCCCUCCUGAGCCUCUGGCUCUCCUACAGCGAUGGUACCACGGCCCCACUCUCCCUCUACAGCCCCCGGGACUACGGGCUGCUGGUGAGCAGUCUGGACGAGCACGUGGCCACAGUGACCCAGGACCGGGCCUUCCCGCUGGUGGUGGCUGAGGCCGAGGGGGCCGGGGAGCUGCUCCGUGCAGAACUCACCAUCGCCGAGAGCUGCCAGAAAACCAAGCGCAAGAGCGUGCUGGCCACGACCCCCGUGGGCCUGCGGGUACACUUUGGGCGGGAUGAAGAGGACCCCACCUACGACUACCCUGGCCCCAGCCAGCCAGGGCCCGGCGGGGGUGAGGACGAGGCCCGGGGAGCCGGCCCGCCGGGCACUGCAGGACCCCCACCCGAGGCCGCGCACCCAGGCACUGCCAGCCCGGCCGUGCCACCCACAGAAGAUUUCCUGCCGCUGCCCACCGGCUUCCUGCAGAUGCCGCGGGGGCUGACGGACCUGGAGAUCGGCAUGUACGCGCUGCUGGGCGUCUUCUGCCUCGCCAUCCUCGUCUUUCUCAUCAACUGCAUCGUCUUCGUGCUGCGCUACCGGCACAAGCGCAUCCCGCCCGAGGGCCAGACCAGCAUGGACCACUCUCACCACUGGGUGUUCCUAGGCAACGGGCAGCCACUGCGGGUGCAGGGGGAGCUGUCGCCCCCAGCCAGCAACCCGAUGGAGACCGUGCCCGCCUGCUGCCACGGCGACCAUCACAGCAGCGGCAGCUCGCAGACCAGCGUCCAGAGCCAGGUGCACGGGCGGGGCGACGGCUCCUCCGGAGGCUCGGCCCGGGACCAGGCCGAGGACCCCGCCAGCUCGCCCACCUCCAAGCGCAAGCGGGUCAAGUUUACCACCUUCACCACGCUGCCCUCGGAGGAGCUGGCAUACGACGCGGUGCCUGCCGGCGAAGAGGACGAGGAGGACGAAGAGGACCUGGGGUGGGGCUGCCCGGAUGUGGCGGGUACCCCGCGGCCCGCUCCACCCCCCGACCUGCACAAUUACAUGCGCAGAAUCAAAGAGACUGCAUAGAGGAGCCACCCCGCCCCCCGUGGGGUGGGCUCUGUGUGGGACACAGCCGGGACCCUGCUCACACUCGAAGGGGGCCUGCUGACGUGGAUUUUAUACUCCAGCCCCUGCAGCUUUGCUCCUCCCAGCCGGCCGCAUCCUCCUCGCCUCACACCUUACCCUCCUCUGCCCCCAAGGGAGGAGGCGCCUUCCUCCUGGAGCUUGCUAAGAGGAAAGCAAUCCCGGCCCUCGUUCUACCCUUUGCAGCCCUCCUCCCGUCUUAGACAACCUGCCGCCCCAAGAGGGGGGGCAAGGAGGCCAAGCUUGGGCCGAGGGCCCACACGAUGCCCCACCCCGUCCCCUGUGUCCCCUGCUUCCCCCUGUGUGGGGGAGCUCUGGGGGGUCUUGUGUCACAAGCUGCACAAAGACUUUUCUCAAACCACUAUUCAGGGAUUUCUGUCCUGCAGGGUGGGAAGGCGGAGGCUGCCUGCCUUGCCAAGGAUCUUGCUGUGGACAAAACAUUUGGGGGGGCAGGGGAUAUUUGUAGCAUCUUCUGGCUUCUGGGUGCCCCCCCCCAUCCCUUCCCAGAACCUGGGAGCUGACUCUAAAGAGCCGUCUGUGGCCAAGCCAGGCACCUCUCUGAGAUCUCAGGACUCCAUCCUGUGCCCCCAAGGGCUGUGGGCAGGCCCUCAAGGGGGAGGAGUCUUCGGUCCACCCCAGAGCACUGUGGUCUGGGCGCCCGGGAGCCCUGGGUGCCUCCUGCCCGUCCCUCAGCGAGGUCAACCCUACGCCUUAGCCGCCCCUCCCGCUCCGCUGGCGGCUCCUUCCUCUCUGCAGGGGCCGCCCCCCACCCCCCACCAGGUGGAACCCGGUGGGAGGGGCGAGGGCACUAGGCAGUGCUGGGAAGGACCGUGGGAAGAGCACGGCAGAAGGGAGCUGGCAGCUCCCCUACCCCAUCCCACAGCCGCCCUCCUCUCGGGUUCUACCCACCACUGUGUCGGAUUUUUCUGAAAUAAAUGGAAGCGACCAGACUGGGGGUGGGGGCGGC